AUCUUAUUUACUCAGUUUCGAACCGACAUAAACCUCAAACCCACCUUUUACUGUGAUAGAUAUUAUUCUCCAACGUUUUCGGCCCGAAAUGGCCAUUAAACGAAGGUCGGUAAUCGAGAGUAUACCGUCGAUAAACUGCUACAUGGAUUACGAUUACGAGCUGUACACCAGAGACGAAAAGGUCAGUUGUUGUCAGAGGUACCGGUGCUGUUUAAUUGCGGUGACCACUUUACUGCUGCUCCUAGUUUUAGCCUUUAUUGUGAUUUUCGUGGUGCCCCCGGUGACGUUCAUGCUAUCCAUCGGCGUGCAGCGCUACGUCAUUUUUCUAGCAACGUACGGUAACGAAAGUGGGGGGUUUACAAAUUUCAAGGAAAUCGGCUUGGAAGGGUUGCGAAACCUCUACGUGCCCGUCGACCAUAACGUCACGCUCGGGGUUUGGCACGUUCUACCCUUGGAGUACACCUACGAAGCCGUUACCAGCGCGAGUUACAACUAUGACGACGCCUUGGCCGACGGAAAGUAUCCGGUACUGUUGUAUUUGCACGACAGCGGCGAAAACAGAAUUACGAGCAAGAACAAGUACAUGAUCCUGCGGCGGUUCUUUCACGUCAUAGCCUUCGAUUACCGCAGCUACGGCGAUUCCACCGAUGCCGAAUUAUCCGAAGGUGGGCUCGUGCACGAUUCGGCAAACCUGUACAGGUGGACGAGGACGCACACCGGUAACGACGCGUACGUGUGGGGCCACGGACUCGGCUCUUCGAUUGCGGCGAAAACGGUCGCGCAGUUGCGCAAUGAGUCGAUCGUUCCCAAAGGUCUUUUCCUGGAGAGCGCCUUUACGAAUCUCGAGGAAUUGUUAACGGUCAAUUCCUACAUGAAAAUAUUUUCAUGGACGCCCUGGUUCAAACCGACGUUUCUGGACUCCCUGAGGGAGAACGAGUUUUUGUUCAAGACCGACGAAUACAUUCUAUCGGUUGACUGUCCCAUUAUGAUUGUGCACGCUGAAGACAACCACCUUAUCCCGUACACUCAAAGCGAGAAGCUCGUACGAAUCGGGAACAAGAAGCGAGUCAACGAAGUGCAAGGAAACAUCACGUUCCAUCUGUUUCCGAAGAACGACCACUACGGCCACAACGACAUCUAUCUAGCCCCGCAGCUACCCGAAUACAUCAGGAGCCACAUCGACACAUGCAACGAAUACAACAAAGGGAAAGGCUAAUAAUUUUACUAAUUGUACCUCACUUAAAAGAUAAACCAGAAAUUUUAAUUCGACUGAUAA